AAUCUUUCAGACGCCACGUCACUUCCUCCGCCAUCCCUCGCACAGGCGAACGCUGGCUGGCUGGCUGGCCUUCCACUCUCCUAACCCUCCGACCGUCUAAGCCAGAACAAGAAUCCUCUUCCCCGCAAGGCCGCAACAAGAAGAAUCCUCUCCACGAACACAGAGCAACCAAACAGAAAACACUUCUCAAGCCAAUCCGGCCACGGAUCGAGGCCGCGCUCCGGCGCCGCCGAUGGAUUCCGCCGAUCGCAAGAUUGCUGGGGUCGGGGUGGCGGAGGAACUAGGGAGGAGGAGCUGCGUCGAAUGCCGCGCCACAACCACGCCCAUGUGGCGCGGCGGGCCGACCGGGCCCAGGUCUCUGUGCAAUGCUUGCGGGAUCCGGUACCGGAAGAAGAGGAGGCAAGAGCUUGGCCUAGACCAGAAGCAGCAGCAGCAGCAACAACAACAUGAAGUAAAAGACAGCAACAGCAACAGCAGCAGCGGUAGCAGCAACUUGCAGGUUGUGCAGAAGAGGAGGCUUCUAAUGGGAGUGGAGGAGGCUGCAUUGCUGCUCAUGACCCUGUCUUCCUCACCCACAUCCACAUUACUACCAGGCUAAGAAACCUACAUUACAAAACCAAAUCAACAAUGUACACACACGUGCGUGCUCACCACCCGAAGAAUUCCAACCCAGUCACAAGUUUCUCAUCAGGAUGAGGUAGGGAGGCAGGGGCCCUUUCUCAAGAUGAUGUGAUCUUGUGAGGGGGCGGAUUUGUGCCCAUCUGAUGACUGCAUCUUCUUGUUCUUUUCCUCCGUGCCACCGUACCGUAGAUCUCGAUCAUUUGAACUUGUCAUUCGUAUCUUUUGUGAUUUGUGGUAGGACCCAUGAUCAGAGGUCUGUUGAUCUCAACCCCCCCCCCCCCCCCCCCAACAACACACACAUACACAUCUUUUUCUCUGUCCUUUUCUUUUCUACCCCUCUUUUGUUCUUUGUCUGUAUGUUGAUGUUGCCCCGGGCCCCGGCCCUUUUUGGGGGAUUGAUGAUCCAAAGGAGACGUCAUUCCUCUUCAUUCUGAAAUAAAAAGUCAAAAUGAUAAUAAAGGAUUUACUUGUUUCAUUUCAA